UCUAAUCGGACACAUCAGUAGAAAAACACAUGGCAGUAAGGAGACGUUGCCGUGGGGGAGAGUCGUGUGUUGUCUGCGGGCUGUGAUGGUGGUUCGGCGGCGGCGGCUCUGUCUGCGUAGCACGGGAGGCUGUUUCUCUCUUUCCUGGGGUCGCACAGGGAGAGCCAGCGGGCUGUAACAGUUUAGCCGACUUGCUAGCUAACGUCAAGUUGUAAGAAAGUGGAGAAGACGGCGGCUAAACGGGAGCUAUAUCCGCCCUACACAGACCUAUGCGACGGAUAGCAGGUGAGUGAUGGAGACGAGAGAGUUGACCGUGGUAGCUGGCAGCUUCGUGGGUUUCCAGCUUCUUUUCUCCGUGGCCAGUCCUCUGCUCUCGUCCGCCACCUCGCAGGGUUAUGGACGGCUGCCUCCCACCAAGCUCACCGAGUGGAACUCCAGGUUGGUGUCGACCGUGCACGCCCUGAUCGUGGGUUUGUUCUGUUUGUACAUCCUGUGGUUUGACGACGAGGUCAACGCCAACCCCGUCUGGGGUGACCCCGGCCUUGUCAAGUUAAAUGUAGCCAUAACAUGUGGCUACCUACUUUAUGACCUUGUGCUGCUAGCCUGUAACUGGAGCACAAUGGGGGACAGCUUUUUCGUCUGUCACCACUUGGCGGCGCUGUACGCAUAUGGAUACGUGCUGACACGCGGCGUGCUUCCAUACUUUGCCAACUUUCGACUCAUCUCAGAGUUAUCCACACCUUUUGUGAAUCAAAGGUGGUUCUACGAGGCAUUAAAGUACCCCCGCUCACACCGGCUGGUGGUAUUAAACGGCGUUGCCAUGGCGGUGGUCUUCUUCCUGGUGCGCAUCGCUGUCAUGCCAUCGUACUGGGCCAGUGUAUUCGCCACCUUUGGCACUCCAGACUUUGAGCGGCUGGGUUUGGGCGCCCAGGUGGCAUGGAUCACCUCCUGCAUCGCCCUGGAUGUUUUGAACACUAUCUGGAUGUAUAAGAUCACCCGCGGUUGCUACAAGGUAAUCACCGGGAAAGGAGGACGAAAGGUUAAGGAAAGUGCGGAGGCGUCGCCCUCCCCAGACAAGACGAAGCACAUCAACAACCACACGGACUAAAGAGACAUAGAGCAGAGAACACUGGGACAAAAGGACAUAAGCGAGGAUUGAGGCUGGACAUCCAGGAACCUCACAGCCUCUCUCUUUUUGCUGAAGCCUCUGUGUCCCUCUCAUACCACCCCCCCACCGCAACCCUCCAAUCCCCAACCUCAGCUCUUGACCUCUUUGAAGUUGGCUAGUGGACGGGCUUACGAGUCCUCAGGUCCCCGACACCUGACACGAGACAAAAAGGGGACUGCUCUCUUGACUCACUCAUAAACCUUUGCAACCUCGUUGUUGCUCGGCGACAGAUUAGCAUCCCACCGGGCGAUGACUUUCGGUCGCAGAUAGCAAGGUAGAGCUCACAAGCACACUUUUAACUCCGUCUGUCACUCGUCCUCUACUGUCACCACCACCACCACCACCAUCACCUCCCGUCUUCCUCUCUGUCUCAACUUCAGCCAAAGCCCAAUCCUCUGAAGUGCCUGCGAAAGACAGGAAAGCAAUAAACGUGGAGUAAUAAGAUCACAAAGUGUAACCGAGCUCAGCCACCUUCAGAAGACAACCAUCCCUCGUUCGCCAUCGCUCCUGACACAACCAGAUUCUCCUUCUGAUCUUCUGCUGACCCCCCGAACCCCCUCGUUUUUCUUUUCAUACUCCGUCCACACACUUGAGGAGACGUGGCCUACGACAGAGUAAAUAACUCUCACAUCAGACCCGUGCAGCGUUUGUGAAUCUAUAGGGCUCUUGUCUUAAACUCAUCAGACCUCACAAAAAAAAAGAAAAAGAGACAGACAGACAGAGAGAAUAACACCAUAAUGCCUCUUCUAUAGUAUCACCUGCUGUGGCCUCCUAUAUCACCAGCCAUGCCCCUCCAACCUUCUUUAUAAUUUGAACUACAAGUCAGAAAACACUCUAGCCUAAGAAUAUGCAUGCAGGAGAGAUAAAGACACAUACAGACGGGAGACUCUCCAACAUCUUUAGCCUUCUCAGUAUUCAUCGUAUCGGCGUCACUGUGUUGUACUUUGCUCUCCUCGUGUACAGCCGCCUGUUUUUUUUUUUGUGUGUGUUUUUUUUUUUUUUUUUUUUUUAAGAUCUGUCGUUGUUUUCUUCUAUUUUCACACAAGCCUCAAGCCCUCAGCAGUCACGGUAACAUGUCUAACUCAUGUAACAUUUAUCACAACCCGCUGCCUCACUGGAUAGAGCUCUGCUAUCCAGCCUCAACUGUUUCUUGGGGUUUUUUUUGGUUUCGUUCUACCUCUCUCCCACCCCCCCCCCCCCCUUCCUCCUCUUCCCCCUUAC